AUGAUUCGGUUGUUAUGGAAAGAUGACAUGAAGUUAUUAGACUAUAUUUGUUAUAUGUAUCUUGUUAACAGUGUGUUUGUUGUGUUUAUGUUAACUUUUGUCAGUGCACCCUAUGGACGUUAUUCUCGAGGAGGCUGGGGGUUUACUAUCAAUGCCAAAGUGGCUUGGUUUAUCCAAGAAGUGCCUUCUAUUUUAAUACCAAUUGGUAUAAUGUUAUAUACAGACUGUCCCAAAUUACAAUAUACCCCAAAUAGAAUUUUGAUAUCAUUGUUCUCUUUACAUUAUAUUCAAAGGAGUUUAGUCUAUCCAUUCUUAAUAAAAGGAGGAAAGCCAACACCUUUAAUACCAUUUUUAUUAGCUCUUGUUUUCUGCACCAUCAAUGGAUAUUUACAAUUUAAUUAUUUAGCCAAAUAUGCUGAUUAUGGGAAUGAUUGGUUUUCUCUGAGGUUUAUUGCAGGAGUCAUGUUAUUUUUUACUGGAAUGUUCAUCAAUCUUCAAUCAGACAGUAUUUUAAGAAAUCUGAGAAAGCCAGGUGAAACUGGAUACAAAAUACCAAAAGGUGGUAUGUUUGAAUAUGUAUCUGGAGCCAAUUUUUUGGGUGAAAUAAUUGAAUGGUGUGGAUUUGCUCUCUCUGUGUGGGCCUCAUCUGCUGCGGUAUUUGCUUGUUUUACUAUUUGUAAUAUCGGUCCUCGAGCUCUACAACAUCAUAGAUGGUAUCAAAAGAAGUUUGAUAAUUACCCAGCUAAAAGAAAGGCUUUGAUCCCCUUUAUAUUAUAGAAUGGUAUUCAACAUACAUAAAAAGUGCCCUAAAAAUCAACUUUUCAGUGCCGCGUGUAGACAGGUUAAAUGAUGUCACAAAGUGAGUUCUAACUGCUAAAAAAGAGGGAAGGAAAGGAAAUAUCAGAGGAUGAUAAAAAUACCUUAUUUUAUUUCAUCUACUACUAUGGUUUUUAAUAUUUGUUAUUUAUUUUUGAAAAUAAAAAGAUAAUUCAU